AUGAAGAUGUGUAGUUAUGCAAAACAUUAAUAACUUGUUUUUAAGAGUUAGAAAAGAUAGAAAAAGAAGAUAAAAAAAUUCAAAUAAAGAGAAAAGUUUUCAUUAAUAUACUGUGACUCUUAUGGAAAGGUAAUCAAAUAUAUUAAUUUUAAAUCAAUAAAGUAAGAGAAAUCAGGAUUUGAAAGCGAAAUCAUAUUAAAGUAAUAAGUCUAAAAUCGUUCCACAGAAAGUUUUUCUUGA